CGUUCCGACUGCUUGCGGAACUCGAAAACGGAUAAUCGUAUACCAAGGGGAGGCCAAACACAAAGGAAGAAAAGCGUGCUAGCAGUAAUUUCCAGCAUAACCAAAGACGAGAACGGUCCAUCGUGGACAGCCAACCACAACAGAUCAGGCGCAUUAUAUGCCAGCACACAUCCAGAAUAGGGGUCACCGCGAUCAUUAUCUUGUUGCUGCCAAAAUUCUACUCCACAGUCACGGCCAGCUUUUAACUGUAUGAUAGCAGGCGAGUUCGGGGACGGAAGCGAAAAUGCUAGAGGCGAACUCCCUGAAAGAGGGAAGAAGUCGACAUAUCUAAGCAAGCUAAUAACUUUCCUAUCUAUUUCAUGGUGUUUGGGCGGCAAGAUGACACAGCUUGGAUGGUUACCUCUCCUUGGUUUUCACUCGAGGAACUUGUAUCAUCUUGUUUUAUUUUAUUUUUAUUGUUGUUAUUUUUUGUCUUUUGGUCUCCAUUCAUAUUUCAGUCCAUCUCCCACACCGCGUUUAUGGCAGCAUGAGCCUCUGAAUGCAUCCUUAAUCCCUGUUCCUCUGAAGAUAUUUUUACAAGAAAAGAAAACUGAGUGCCAAAGAACACCAAGAGUACAAGGCCAACCGCGGUCUGGGGCUAAAGCCACGUGUCUCGACUAAGCUAAAUGUACACUUGAGGUGAUGCAAGAAGUCCAAAGACGGAGAGGCCAUCUUCCCGGACGACGCAGCUCGUGGUGAAAAAUAUGUCUAUAUGAACAACAAUCAAGAAGCAAAAGAGAAGAGGGG